AUUUUAUUUCACAGCACGACCCUCCAAAUGUUUUCAAACGCCACCAAAGCUUGUUCAAACAUAGAUUGCCACGACAUGCCGUUUUAAUCUUUUGGCCUAUGGCUAUAUAAAGAACCCCCACUCCCCCCUUCCUCUACCCAUCCAACAUACAAAUUAACUUUAGGUCAUUAUGGCUAAGUUAAUAACACAUUUCUUUGCCCUCUCUCUCAUUAUGGUCAUUAGUGUGGCAACAAGUAACCCAAUAUUAUCAUGCCAAGAAACCCCUCAUCCUCAUGUGUGCAGUUCCGUCAUAAGCACUAGCCCUCUAGCUGCCCAAACCAAAACACAAUCCGGGUUCCGUAACCUAGCCCUCCAGGCAGCCAUGGACCGAGCAGCACGAGCCCUUGAGCUCGUGUCGGCCAUGGACGUAAGCUCGUUGGAUGGGCAGGCAAAAGCUGCAUGGGCUGAUUGCUUGGAGCUCUGUCAAGACACCAUUGGCAAGCUUAACCGCUCCAUGAGCUCACCAUCGUAUGAUGAUUCUCAGACCUGGCUAAGUGCGGCAAUGGCCAAUCACCAGACCUGUCGAAAUGGAUUUAUUGAGCUUGGUUCUUCCUUUCCCUUGGAUUCACUACCCUUCACGUCAUAUAACAUAUCGGAGUUGCUCAGCAACUCUCUGGCCAUUAACAAAGCGAUGGCACCAGCCAAGUCAGGUGGUAUUCGUCGGUUGCUCUCCGAUGGAUUCCCCAACUGGCUAUCUGCCGCCGAUCGUAAGCUUCUUCAAUCUUCGUCAAUAAACGCCGAUCUUGUUGUGGCCAAAGAUGGCUCCGGAGAUUAUGAUACCAUCUCAGCAGCCAUUGCAGCUGCUACGAAGCAAAGCAGCGGCACAUCAAGAUUCGUGAUCCAUGUCAAAGCCGGUGUUUACAAUGAGAAUGUCGGAACAUCGAUAAAGAAUCUAAUGAUAAUUGGAGAUGGAAUAGAUGCUACCGUUGUUACUGGUAGUAAGAACGUGCAAGAUGGCUCCACAACGUUCAGUUCUGCAACUUUCGCGGUCACCGGGGAUGGCUUCAUCGCUCGAGGCAUGACCUUCCAGAACACAGCAGGGCCCCAGAAGAACCAGGCAGUUGCCUUCCGGUCAAGCUCAGACCUCUCGGCCUACUACCAGUGCAGCUUCGAGGGCUACCAGGACACCCUCUACGUCUACUCCCAGCGUCAAUUCUACCGCGACUGCAACAUCUACGGCACGGUCGACUUCAUCUUCGGCGACGCCGCGGUGGUCUUCCAGAACUGCGACAUGUACGUCAGGAAGCCGAUGAGCGGCCAGAAGAACACCGUGACAGCCCAGGGGCGUACCGACCCGAAUGAGAACACUGGGAUUUCGAUUCACGAUUCGGCGGUCACAGCCGCAUCGGACCUCAAGCCGGUGCAGGGAUCAUUCCAGACCUACCUCGGCCGGCCGUGGCAGAAGUAUUCGAGGACGGUAUACAUGAAGACGUCACUAGAUAGCUUAAUUGAUCCGGCUGGAUGGCUCGAGUGGAAUGGUGACUUUGCUUUAAGUACUUUGUACUACGGGGAGUACAUGAACACCGGCGCAGGGGCCGAUACUAGUCGCCGGGUGAACUGGCCCGGGUACCAUGUUAUCACGAGCGCGGCGGUGGCCAGCCAGUUCACAGUGGGGAACUUCUUGUCCGGGGGCUCAUGGAUUCCGGCCACCGGAGUCCCAUAUACAUCUGAUCUUUAAGAUAAUCUUUAUUUUUCACUAUGUAAGUCGAUGAAUAAUGAUGCGUACUUAUGCAAAUUUUAUUGGUUGGGGAGCAAUAGUGGUGUCACUGUCCGAAGGACUAGAUAUGUAACCAAUUGUUUUCUUAUUAUUAGAUUCGAUAUCCAGAUGAUCUUAUGAUAACUUCAAUA